CUCAACAGGCCCAAGAGCAUCUCAUCUCUUAUAUUCUCGUCUUUUGACCUCGCUCUAAUACAACAUCAAACGGUUCUAACUCGACCUCUCUUCUACUUUAACAUUCAAAAUGACUUUGCCUCGUCGCGCUCUUAUCAGUAUUACCUCCGCUCAGGCGACGCUCUUUCAGGGCAAGGAGACUACCGGACUGUUCAUCAGCGAAGCUUUACACCCCUACAAUGUCUUGAAGGCUGCCGGCUUCGAGGUCGAUCUCGCCUCCGAGACGGGUUCAUACACCGCGGAUUGGCUUUCGCAGCAACCCGACUUUCUCCACGGUGAAGAUCUUGCCGUCUGGGAAAACGUUGAGAGCGACUUCCGGAAGAAGCUUGACAAUAUGCCCAAAGCCGCAGACCUGGAUGGCUCCAAUUAUGGCAUCUUUUAUGCUUCAGCCGGCCAUGCCGCCCUCAUCGAUUAUCCUACGGCCACUUCACUUCAAAGAAUUGCCGCACAAGUCUGGGCCAACGGCGGCGUAGUGUCAUCUGUGUGUCACGGUCCCGCCAUUUUUGCCAACUUGGUUGAUCUGGCGACCAACGAACCUCUCAUCAAAGGCAAGAGGAUCACCGGAUUCACCACUGAGGCCGAGCACACCAUGAAGAUCAUGGAUGAUCUCAGAAGCUGGGGCACUGAAUUGGUCGAAGAAGUCGCUGCUCGACUCGGUGCGACAUACGAACGUGCACCUGGGAUCUGGGACGAUUUCCACGUGGUCGAUGGCCGUCUCGUUACGGGCCAAAAUCCUGCUAGUGCUAAAUCCACUGCAGAGGCUGCAGUUGCAGUUUUUGAAAAGUUGUAAUAGAAAUUCCUGUCGAACAAAACCUGUUGUCCAAGGAUACUGAGGUCCCGAUGUUGGGGGAAAUCAAACAGAUAGAAUUCAGCUGAGUAGGCGGUAGAGUUCGGGUAGAACUUAAGAUGAAUUGGUUGCGUUAUCCUUGGUUACUCCUUAUAGAAACUUUUCACCUUGUCAAAAUCAGUGCCUUUCGAAAAAUCAAACAGCGUCCCCAUCAUCAUUCUCCUCAGACCUCACUUCUUCACUUGGGAUGACUUUUGUAUCCCCUCUUUAUGGCCUUCCCCCUUCAUUCCUU